AUGAGGUUCUCCAGCGCUCUCACUGCUAGUGCUCUUGGCUUUGCCAGUCUUUCCCAAGCUAUUACUGUGUCUUGGGAUGCUGGCUAUGAUGACAAGAGCCGCUCUCUCACUGCUGUUUCCUGCUCAGAUGGCGCGAACGGCCUGAUGACCCGGUACCAUUGGAACACCCAGGGAGAUAUCCCCACGUAUCCAAACAUUGGCGGGUACCAGGAAAUUAAGGGGUGGAACAGCCCAAUGUGCGGAACCUGCUACUCUGUUACAUACAACAGCCGAACGAUCUACGUCCUUGCUAUCGAUCAUACCGCAAGCGGCUUCAACAUCGGGAAGCAAGCUAUGAACACCCUGACCGAUGGCAAUGCGGACCAGUUUGGAAGGGUUGACGCUGCGUAUACUCUCGUUGAUAUCAGUAAUUGUAAGCUCUGA